UGUAUACACUUCUCACAACGAAUAGACGUCCGUGAGGCAAAUGAAGUAAUCCAAGGUGGCAUCCCAUCAAGUGUGAACCUUCCACUCUCCAACUUUGAACACGCACUCGAUCUCGACGACGCAGAGUUUAGACACCUGUACGGUUUCGACAAGCCAACGAACGGUAUAGACGAUAAGCGUAACUUUAUAUUCUACUGUCGCAGCGGGAAACGCUCAGCUACAGCCUGCGACUUGGCUAUCAGAAGGGGCAUUAAGAACAUUCACAACUACCAAGGCAGCUACAUCGACUGGUUGGAGCAAGAGAGCAAGAACAAAGAAGAGGAGGAUGAUGAUUAG